GACAUCGAUCUGCGCUGCGACAGAGCUCAACACGUUGUUUCAAUUACCAAUUCACCGGUUCCCGCAAAAAGGAAAAAACCCCUCCAAAUCUUCUUUAUCGCUAAAAUUUUCAUGCAAUUUUCCUCAAUCAACAGCACCGAAGCAAUAUUAACAACAUGAUUGAGGACAGUGGCGCUAAGGUUUCUUCCGAGGAUGCCUCACAAACACGGAAAAGAAAGAAGAGAAAGUGGGAUCAACCUGCAGAGUCCUUGGUUUCAACUAGUGCAGAAGUGCCAGGGGUCCUCCUACCGGGCAACAUGGCACCCCUUGGUGGGAUUGCACUUCCUGGUGUGGCUCCAGUGUCCAGCACACUUUUAAUGAAUUCACUAGGAGGCGCAGCCAUACCACAGGUGUUUCAGGCAUCUUCAAUGCAGCAACACACUACCACCGUGGUUCCAAAACCAAAGAUCCAAGAUGAGUUAAUAGCACGAGAAAUUGUCAUAAAUGAUGCCGAGUCUUCUAUUCGUUACAAGCUCACAAAACGCCAGACACAGGAGGAGAUCCAAAAGUGCACGGGUGCUGUGGUUAUAACCAGGGGUAAGUACCGUCUGCCAAAUGCUCCAUCUGAUGGGGAAAAGCCUUUAUAUCUUCACAUCUCUGCAGGGGCUCAUUUGAAAGAUACAGCUGAACGGAUACUAGCAGUUGAUCGUGCAGCUGCUAUGGUUGAAGAAAUGUUGAAACAAGGUCAGAAUUUACAGCCAGCUUCUUCCACUUUUCAUGCAGCUUUAAGCAAUGGAGUGAAGGCACCGAGCAUGUGUGUGUUUUUGGGCUUUGACCCAGAUCCAUCAUUGAACAUUGCUGCUCGUAUACGUGGACCAAAUGACCAGUAUAUAAAUCACAUUAUGAAUGAAACAGGAGUUACUGUCUCACUAAGAGGAUGUGGUUCAGGAGAAAUUGAAAGCUUACAUGGAGAAGAAGGACAGCAACCACUGCAUUUAUUAUUGUCAAGCAAUAAUCCAAAAAGUCUCGAAGAUGCUAAGAGUCUGGCUGAAAAUUUGUUGGAUACAAUCAGUGUAGAGUGUUGUGCUUCUAGGGUUUCAUCAUGUAAGGUUUAUAGUGCUGUUCCGCUUCCACCUCCACAGCUGGUUUACAGUGCUGUUCCUCCCCCUCAGCAGUUAUUGGCUGGAGUUCAGAGUUCUGGGAAUGAACUGACAGUAAAUGCAAGUUCUGCUGCUGGUUUGACAUCUGCAAGUGUGGGCUCUGCGCCAGCUCCCCAUGUUUCCUCCAUUAGAGCCCCAGGGCUCCCUCCUGUCUUUUCUCAAGGGACAGUAUCUCAAUCUGGUGGAUAUUUAAAUUCUGGGGUGUCUCAAGGAAAUGUGAUUGGCUAUUCCCAGCAUUUAUUAUCUGGUGGAACAAGCUAUAUCGGAUAUGGUGGGAUAUAUCCUCAAGCCACACCAUUGCAACAAGUUGCUCUGGCCCUUAGGCAGUCACCUUCUCCGGUCACUUCUACAAUUGCUCCUACAACAUCAAUACCAAACAAAGAAUCAAAGCCGGGUUUUAGAUCUGAUUCUGAGAAGGAGAAACGGCAUCCACAGAGGCGGAAGUUUCAGGAACUACCAGCUGGGUCAAAGGGUCCUGCAAAACUUAUUCAGGUAUUUUCUCUGACCUUCUAUGAAGCUAACAGGCCGAUACUGGACCUCUCUAUUGGGUCGUUGGUUUGUAUGUUUCACAGGGUUUUCAGUUGUGGAGGUGCCAUGGCUGGGGCACAAAUGGCUACAGAGCUUUUGAUCAAAAGCCAAUUCUAGAUUUUAUGCUGAUUGGUUUUAUCUUGCAUCUUUGUGCUGAAUUGUGUUAUACAAAUCUUAUACUUUUCCUGCAAUGAGUCCAAUGUUUGCUUCCUCAAUGGGUGGCCACCACCAAAAUGGACAGCUAAACUACUAUUUGAGAAGAGGUUCUCCCACCACCAAAGCGAGCUUUGAUUUUAAUUGUCAUUGAAAUUUAGUGGCUGCAGAGCAGAUUUUCUAUUCAUGAAUCAGUUUAAAAACUGACUUGAUCAAGUACUUCACUAGGACCCCUUCUGUUCUAUCAUGCAUUUCACGCUAACCAGUGGUCAAACUGAAUGGCAAGCAUUUGUUUUGGUUUGUACUUUGACUUAUAAUGUCAUUGUACUGUGGUUUUGUGAGGCACAACCCCUCGCAAGAACCAAAUUUGAUUUUGAGAAAAUAGAAAAAUCUGUCAUGAAAAGACUCUUGGGUUAAUUUGAUUGGAGAUUUCUGGUCAUGAACAUUGGCACGUAAAGUCUUGGGAUGACCCCUUUCAAAGCCCUAGCUAGGGUUGAGAAAGUGAUGUAUGUUAUACCUAUUUUCUCUCUCUUUUUGAGUCAGGUUCCUGGGACAGGACAGGAAGUCAUGUUUCCAGAAAACAAAAUAUAUCGAAGUUAAUGUUUGUAUCGAUGGCUAUACCUCUUCACUAGGAAGAAAUUGGCUGUCUGUGCUGGUGGACAAGCACCCAAAGGAGAAGAUGAUACUCAAUGCAUGUUAAAUUACAGUUAAACCCUUUGGCACCAGUGUUUAUAUGUUGUCUACCUUUAUAGUGAUAACCAUCUGUUUCAAACCUAAGAUUUGGAAGUGUGGUUAUUUCUAUGUACCAACUUGCACAAAUCCUGACAUUGAUAUCUGUACUUGACAAAACUCUAUGUGAACACUAGGGCUUACAUUUUUGCCCGGAUCAUCUAGAAACCUAAGCACUAACACUCAUUCAAAGAUAUCAAAUCAAGUUGAGUUAUGUGCCUGCCAGUGCCCUGUUCUUUUCUUCCCAAUUGCUCCCUACCUUCUUCCUCUGUAUAUGUUUUUUAAUUUUGAAAGUUUUGUGUUAUAGUUCUGAAUU